UUAAUGAUGACAACAUCAUGGAGCGAUCGACUUCAGGACUAUGCAGAUCUCCCAGCGAACAUGGAUGGCCUGGCGAUGAAGAAAUACAGGAGAGAGGCCUAUCAUAGAGUGUUUGUGAACAGAAGUCUGGCCAUGGAAAAGAUUAAAUUCUUCGGCUUUGACAUGGAUUACACUUUAGCAGUAUACAAGUCUCCUGAAUACGAAUCGCUGGGCUUUGAUCUGACUGUGGAGCGGCUGGUCUCCAUUGGCUACCCACAGGAACUACUCGGAUUUGUUUAUGACCCCACUUUCCCUACAAGAGGUCUGGUGUUUGACACCAUGUAUGGCAACCUCCUGAAGGUAGAUGCUUAUGGAAACAUCCUGGUCUGUGUCCAUGGCUUUAACUUCCUGCGAGGCCCUGACACCCGAGAGCUCUAUCCCAACAAGUUUAUCCAGCGUGAUGACACAGAACGCUUCUACAUCCUCAACACACUCUUUAACCUUCCAGAAACAUACCUCUUAGCCUGCCUGGUUGACUUCUUCUCAAACUGUGACCGAUAUUCAAGCUGUGAAAAGGGCUUUAAGGAUGGAGACCUCUUCAUGUCCUUCAAGAGCAUGUUCCAAGAUGUCCGAGACGCUGUAGACUGGGUACAUUUCAAGGGAACAUUGAAAGAGAAAACUGUGGAAAACCUGGAGAAGUAUGUUGUGAAAGAUGCCAAGUUGCCAUUACUGCUGAGCCGCAUGAAUGAAGUCGCUAAAGUUUUCUUAGCUACCAACAGUGACUUCAAAUACACAGACAAAAUUAUGACGUACUUGUUUGACUUCCCCUAUGGCCCAAAGCAUGGCACUCCACACCGUCCAUGGCAGUCUUACUUCGACCUCAUCCUAGUGGAUGCUAGAAAGCCUUUAUUUUUCGGAGAGGGAACUGUUCUAAGACAGGUGGAUACGACUACAGGCCGGCUGAAAAUAGGAACAUACACUGGACCUUUACAACAUGGCAUUGUUUACUCUGGAGGCUCUUCUGACAUUGUGUGUGACCUGCUUGGAGCAAAAGGGAAGGAUAUUUUGUACAUUGGCGAUCACAUUUUUGGAGAUAUUCUUAAGUCCAAGAAGCGUCAGGGUUGGCGGACGUUCCUGGUGAUUCCUGAAUUGGCUCAGGAGCUGCAUGUUUGGACAGACAAAAGCUCUCUGUUCGAGGAACUGCAGGGCUUGGACAUUUUCCUGGCAGAACUAUACAAGCAUUUGGACAGCAGCAGCAAUGAGAGGCCAGAUAUCAGUGCCAUCCAGAGAAGAAUGAAGAAAGUGACCCAUGACAUGGACAUGUGCUACGGGAUGAUGGGAAGUCUGUUCCGCAGUGGCUCUCGGCAGACUCUGUUUGCUUCUCAGGUGAUGCGUUACGCUGAUCUGUAUGCUGCCUCAUUCAUCAACCUGCUCUACUACCCCUUCAGCUACCUGUUCAGAGCCGCUCACGUGCUGAUGCCCCAUGAGUCCACAGUGGAGCACACUCACGUAGACACAGAUACUGAGUCUCCUCUGGCCACACGCAACCGCCACUGUGUGGACUGCAAGGACAUCGACUGUAAAAGAAACCACCUCACACGCUCCAUCAGUGAAAUCAAACCGCCCCACCUGUUCGCUCAGCCGCCGCAGGAAAUCACCCACUGCCACGACGAAGAUGACGACGAAGAGGAGGAGGAGGAAGAGGAGGAAGAGUAGAUGUUUUUGACCUAUUCUAGGGUAAAGAACUGUUGGGUGAGGAUGAUAGAAUGAUGAGGAUAUCGUGUGAGGAGUCUGAAGUAGACUAUAAUUGCCAAACCAAGCUCAAAAACCUUAUCAGACUUCACCCAAACUGACAUAAAGAUAACUAAAGCAAAUAAAUAAAUAAACCUUGGGACCUACGGAGCCCUGCACAUGACAUGCAGCAAAAAAUAUAAGGCUAAAUCAUGUGCACGAUUUACUAAUUGAUUCCCUCAAUGUACUAAAAUGUGCAAACGAUUACUAUUGCAUUCCCUUGAUUUACUAUUUCGUUCACUCAACUUAUAAGUUGUGCACGUGAUUUACUAAUUCGUUCCCUCAAUUUGCUAAAUCGUGCACACAUAGAAGGAACCAAAUAGUAAAUCGAGGGAAUGAAAUAGUAAUCGUGUGCACGUUUUAGUAAAUUGAGGGAACGAAUUAGUAAAUCGUGUGCACAAUUUAUUUAUUUUUUCUUGCAUGUCAUGCGCGGGGCUCCGUAGGACCUGGAUGUGUUUAUAAGUCUCUAUAAAAGCACAUAAUGUCAUGUGAUAAACAUCCAAUGGAAACACAGUGGAAGGGAUACAAACUUUACUAUGAACUAAUGGUAAAACUCGCAAGUUUACACAAAAUCCAAGCCUGUUAGGACAAGUGUUAAAGUCGGUUAUUGGAUCCUUAGUGAUACAUGUCAUAUUUUUCUAUUGUUUUAUAUUUGUAAUCAGUUUAGACAUUACUUUUCAAGUAGCCAGUCCAUUCAGUCAGAUUAGCUUGGUUACUACCUCCUGCAAAGACUGUUCCUUUACAAAAAAUCUGUGUGUUAAAGCUGUGUACGUUGGCAAGCCGUUUGUGUUGAAGUCCUGUGUGUGUUGAGAAUCUGAAUGAAGCACAGAAAACCGGAGCACGGUUCAUUGUGACGUGCGUAUGGAAGUGUAGCCAACACAAGAAUCCAGUUACUUGGCGACAGCAUGCACCUGCUGUUUUUUUUUUGUUUUUUUUUUUAGAGGUUUGUUGUUAACCACGUGGUUUUCAACUUUUUUUAAUGCAGACAUUUUGGUUAGCGCUAAUGCCUCGUGUAAAAGAGUCAGAAUACCCACAGAGACAUCAUAUCAGUACCUGCUCUAAUUUUGGCAACAGUGUCUCACUGAACAAUGACAUACUGUAUUUUUAUACUCUUAUAUAAGCUAAACAGAACACUCAAACAUUACGUGCCAUUAAUAUAGUAAGUGACCUUGAUAUGCAAAAACUAGUUAUAAAACUGUUUUAUGGCCUGAGCAGCUUAUUACACACCAGUAGAAGAUGUACAAUGAAGUAAACAGCUGGAAAUUGUGAAGAUGAUAGGUUGAGAAAGAAAGUGCUGUUGCUUUGGUAAAUGUUUUUUUAGAAUUGAAAGCAGUCCUGGAUAACGUUGAACUCUGUUAAUGGUUUACUCUCAUGUGGACCAAACGGUGUUGAGAAAUGAUGUUCGAUUUAGCUUCAAUGGUCCCAUUAGAGACUUUUAGGUGUCUCCACAGCAAGUAUGUGAAGUUUUUAAAGAAAUAAACGUUAUUGUCGAGUAUAAUGGUGGUUCACGGUUUAGAGAGGAAGUGGUUUUAGCCGUGGGAAGUGUUUCAAGUGCAUGAAACAUGUAGAUUAGGAUGACUAGUGUGACUUUUAUAUGCAUUACUCAAAGAAAGUAUGUAGGAUCUGAUUGAAUGAAGCUACCCAAUCCAUAGUGCAAUGUGUAUUACUCAUAUGCAUAUCGUAACUGUAUGUUGUUGUUUUUAUUUUAUAAAAGUGUAGUUUUGUUU